AUGGUGGACGUCGUAUCAACCGCCAUCUCAACCUCCCUCACGGGAACAACAACAUCUACCGCCUCUGCCUCCUCCACAACUUCCACGGGCAUCCAUUCCUGCCCACAAACAACCUGGGAAAUCCCCACCAAUGACACCGCCUGCGCCAUCCACGCUUCCUCAAUAGCCAAUGCGUCAGACGUCCUCAAGCAAUGCUGCGGCAUCGCUCCUGUUGUCUCGUAUGACGACAGCUGCGCAUUCUACUGUCUCGCACAAGGGCAGAACGUGUCAGUGCUGGAAACAUGUUUGCAGAAAAAUGGUGGCGAUGUGUUUUGUAAUGGCGGGCUAAAUGCGACUGCCACUGCGGCGGUGAGCAGUGCGUCGAGUACAGCGAGUUCGACGGGGACGGGGACGGGGACGGGGACUGCGACGGGGUCGAGUGCGUCGAGUACCAGUUCGCAUGGUGCUGCGGUCAAGGAUGCGAAGCUUUCGACGGGUGGUGUGAGCGUAAUUGCGCUUUUGUUUUGCUCGGCUCUGUUUGGGGCGGACAGCACGCUGAACAACCCCAACGUCUCCGACAGUGCCAAAGAGCACGCCCGGCACGUGCUCGAGGACCAAUUCAACGACGUAAUCGAGCAACAACAAAUCCCCGGCUCUGAGUCCCGCGGCGGCUCAAAGUAUGGAUCAGAUAAUGUGACGACCAGUCGUGGGGAGCAGAGGAAUAGGACCAAUGUUAUUAGGGGGUACAAAGCGGCGGCGCAUAAUAAAGCCAAUACCGAGCAGGGACGACAGCAUGCGAGGGCUGUAUUGCAGGAAUUGGGUGUCGAUCCUGGAGAGUAG